AUGGCAACCAUGACAGCUGAAGAGCUUCGUGCCGAGAUCGAGGCAAUCAAAAUGCGCGAGCAACAGGAAGAGGCCAGAGUGAAGCGUCUCCAAACGGAGGUAAGUGAAGCAACCGAACGACAGCGGCUCCGUCGAGAGCUACACCAACGGCGGGCACGCUUGAAUGAGAAGCGGUCUAUCAGCAGGACUGUGGCGGAGUACCGGCAGAAGAUUGACGCAGAUCAGCUCGGUGCCUAUGAUCUGACACAUGAUAGUGCUCUGCCCAACUAUGUGCCUGUAGCUCGUGGUGAAGAAAACACGCGGUUUGCCCAGAGGGUCGCCAGGGGCGAGUACACGUGGAAGCUGAAGCAGUUCUCAUGGCUGCCAACUGUGCUGCGCCAGCGAGAAGAGACAGAGGUCAGCUCGGAUCAUUUCCAAGUGGGGAGCUACUUGUUUGCCUUUGUCUACAGCCCUGCUGCAGGCUUGCUGAGCAUGAGCGUGGAUGGAGCCCAGUACGGCUCGCUUGCCAUAUGCAUACAGACAGACGACGUGAUCGCACUUCGCUACAGCAUCUACGUCAAGCGGCGCGGCGGGGACUAUGUCCAGUGGGGUGAGACACGAGACGCAGUCAAUGAGGCUGCUGAGAGUUUUUACGGGCCCGACGUGCAUUCCACAGGUUCACCUCCCGCAGCUGUCGGAAUUUUUGGUUUGACCCACGAAGAGCUGCUGCAAUCCGAGUGGGUGGAGGAUGACACUUUGACCGCGAAGUUCGUGCUGGAAGUGCGUCCCAACGAAGCGUACCUGUCUGAGUGUCUCGACCAGACUGUCGAGGUUCCAGCGCCGACUGUGGACCGAGACUUGAGGGCCUUGCUUGACGAGGGCACUUGCAGCGAUCUUCAAUUCAGGGUACAAGGCGAAGUGAUCCACGCGCACUCGCAAGUGCUUUGUGCGAGAUCCGAAGUCUUCAAGUUGCAGCUCUCUUCGGGCAUGCAGGAAUCUGUGUCCAAGGUGAUCGUCAUCGAGGACUGCGAUGUCACCACCUUCAAGUCCUUCCUGCGGUUUCUGUACACCGAUAGCCUACCCACCGUGGAGGAGCUCAUCGAGCCAGCCAAGCCAGUCCGUGAGGGAAACCGGCAGUCGGCUGUUGCUCAUGCCUUGUGGGCUGUCAGCCACAAGUACCAGGCCACGAGGCUUCAGCGGUGGUGCGAAGCGCAGCUGUGCGAACGGCUCAGUAUAUCAGAAGUGUGCGACAUCCUUUGCCAGGCUCAUGUCUUUGAGGCCAAGCAGCUCGAGAAUGCCUGCCUCUCUUUCAUCAAGGACCACGCGGCGGAGGUGCUGAAGCUUCCAGCCUAUGCCGACUUGAGCAGCAGAUGGCCGGAGCUGGCGAUGAAGCUUCAUCUCUUCUCUUCCGGCUUGCCAGAAACCGAUAUAGCUGACAUAGUGCAGGCCUCCAAGCUACGGAGGCUUGAGAGUGGGAAGGAGAGGGCAUCGUAG